GACUCGAACUUGAUGCCAUGGCUUGCUGUGCGGGCUCGUGGCGGCGCCUUUCGGCUUCCGAUGGGGAGGACAGCGUUCCGGAAGCUCGGUCCCCUUUGUUGGUCCGUCAGGGCGCCCUUUGGAAGAACACAGUGGGCUUCUGGCUCCUGGGCCUUUGCAACAACUUUUCUUAUGUGGUGAUGCUCAGUGCUGCCCAUGACAUCCUCAGACACCAGAGGGCGCCUGGGAACCAGAGCCACGUAGACCCAGGCCCAACACUUGUCCCACACAAUGGCUCAUCUCGUUUUGACUGCAACACUGUCUCCACAGCUGCGGUGCUCCUUGCAGACAUCCUCCCCACCCUUCUCAUCAAAUUACUUGCUCCUUUUGGUCUUCAUUUGCUGCCCUACAGCCCCCGGGUUGUCGUCAGUGGAGUUUGUGCUGCUGGAAGCUUCCUCCUGGUUGCCUUUUCUCAUUCUGUGGCCAUCAGCCUGGGUGGUGUGGUCUUGGCCAGCAUCUCAUCAGGCCUGGGGGAGAUCACCUUCCUCUCGCUCACCUCCUUCUACCCCAGGGCUGUGAUCUCCUGGUGGUCCUCAGGGACUGGGGGAGCAGGGCUGCUGGGGGCACUGUCCUACCUGGGCCUCACCCAGGCUGGCCUCUCCCCUCAGCACACCCUGCUGUCCAUGCUGGGUAUCCCCGCCCUCCUGCUGGCCAGCUAUUUCUUACUGCUCACGUCUCCGGCAUCCCAAGACCCUGGAGAGGAAGAGGAGGCAGAGACGGCAGCUCGGCAGCCCCUGAUGAGCACUGAGGCCCAAGAACCAAAACCAGACUCCAGCUCAAGCCUCUCCCUUCAGGAAAGGUGGACAGUGUUUAAGGGCCUGCUGCCACACAUCAUCCCCUUGGUCCUGGUAUACUUCGCUGAGUAUUUCAUCAAUCAGGGACUGUUUGAGCUCAUCUUCUUCCGAGAUAUGUCCCUGAGUCAUGCUGAGCAGUACCGUUGGUACCAGAUGCUGUACCAGGCCGGUGUCUUUGCCUCUCGCUCUUCUCUCCGCUGCUUUCGCAUCCGCCAAACGUGGAUCCUGGCCUUAUUGCAGUGCCUUAACCUAGGAUUCCUGAUGGCAGAGAUGUGGUUUGGCUUCCUGCCAAGCAUCUACCUUGUCUUUCUGAUCAUUCUGUAUGAGGGACUGCUGGGAGGUGCAGCCUACGUGAACACCUUCCACAACAUUGCCCUGGAGACCAGUGAUAAGCACCGGGAAUUUGCCAUGACAGCUGCCUGUAUCUCCGACACCUUGGGAAUCUCCUUGUCAGGGGCUCUGGCCUUGCCUCUGCAUGACUUCCUCUGCCGCCUCUCCUAACACACUGGCUCCUUGGGACACCAGACACAUUGAC